AUGUUCGCGCCGGAUCGAGUCUCUUCGCUCGCUCAUGACGGAGAGAAUUGCUCACAGGGUGAUCCAUUUUGGCAGGCUACGCCAAGGUCACUACCCAGUUCUAACAUCGGAUCCUCACAGCCUGGCGGACCUCAGACACAGACAGCGCCGGUCAUCAAGCAAGCGCGUCAGAGUCCUCUGGGAGCAGUACGUCGUCCGCAGUGCACACACACGAUUGUGACCCGUGUGUAUGAUGAGCGCAUAUGCUUCAUGUGCGGGAAGGUCCCUCAGAUCGGCUGGCUUUACAUCUGUCGACAAGACUGCGAGCUUUCGCAAGAUGCCGCUGACCCUGAUGAGCACCCACGUGUCUCUAAUGAAAGCGGUUAUUUUGAGGUUCAAGCAUCCUUGGCUGAAUCGCUGAGCAUAGGAGCCGGUGUCAUUGAGGGCAUGCGAUGCGGUGACUACACCAUUGACCAAAUCGACAAACUCAUUGAGCAGAGGCGUCACGUGCUUGCAGUAAUUCGACAGGAGGAGAACCCUACCGCGGCAGACGCACCCGAGAUGCAGAUUCAGCGCACCAAAUCAACCCGAAAGUGUACCCUGGAGGAUGUAAUUGCUUCGGUCGGGAGCUCAAUGGCGCCCAGCCCUCCUCCGCUCUCGGAUCUACGUCUUAAUACUGAACCGACCAAGGCGGAUGCCAGCAACGCCACACGAGAUGCGACUCACAAGAUCAAGCGACAGCCUUGCAACUUUCAGGUCUGUCACACGUGUCGACCUUUCUUUAAAGAUCGGCUCUAUCAAAGUUUCGAGCAGGCGCUGAGUGGCCGCGAGCCGCCUGUCACCGAAGACAACUGGCAGCAACUGCCUGUAUUCAAUGUAGCUAUCGUGCGAAACCUGGGACUUCGAACCACAAAUUCGAGUCCGCCAUCUCCACAUAUUGCCAAUACGCCAGCAUCGCAGCAUGAUGGCAAAGACGAGGAAACAUCUGACUGGACGCCAACAAGCGUGACGAUAAGCGAGACAGACUCGGAGUCUCUUGAUGAAGCGACUGCAUACCCAUGCCCAGGCGCAGGCGUAUGCCCACUGUACAGCCGCUACGCAGGCUGUGCCUACGAACAUAGCUUCGAUGACGGUCUCCGCGCCCUCAACCAUGGCUUCGGCCCUGAGCCAGAUCUCACUCGCAUGACUCCGGAGAACUCAGAAACUCGCCUGGGACGUAUCCGUGGCGGCGUGUCUGAUACACCGGGUGGCAGUGUCUCUACAGCAUCUUCCGUCAGUCUCCCUACACCUAAUGCUGUUCCUCUCACGCCGAUCACACCAACAGACGAGUGCUUCGAGGAUGCACUUAUGAUGCGCAUGAAGAAGAAGCCUGGCAAGGCAGCGACCAUCUCCGGACCCUUCUUGAACGCCAAGCCUCGCAAGAGACUGGGCUUCAGCUUGCGCGGUAGAGAUAGUCACAGCAGUCUUGGCAGUGAGGUGGAAGUGGAAGGUGGUGUUGCUUUGACCGAGGAGGCUGUGAGGGCGGGUAUUCCGGAUAUUCUUGCCGACAACGAGGGGCCUUGA